AUGGCUACCCAGCAAUCUUACUACGAGUUGUACCGCGGGAGCAGCCUUGGCUUGUCCUUGACCGAUACUCUUGAUGAUUUGAUCAACGAAGGCCGCAUCGAGCCUCAGUUGGCCAUGAAGAUCCUCUCAACUUUUGACAAGAUCGUUACUGAGGUUCUGGCCGAUAAGGUUCGGGCUAGACUCACUUUCAAGGGCCACCUCGACACCUACCGAUUCUGCGACGAAGUGUGGACCUUCUUGAUCAAAGAUGUCUCAUUCAAACUGGACAACCAGACGACAGUUACAGCGGACAAAGUGAAGAUCUGCAGAUCAUCAAAACUUCCCAUUUUGCAUCCCCGCAACACGUCAGGCCUUCCGACCUCAAUAUACAUUCGCUUCGAUAUAAUGCCUCGCACAUUACCCUGGCUCCUGGACGACAAUAAUAAUGGACGCAUCAAACUAGAAUCGAUGCCCCGAAAGCGCGUCAAGCGAGAGACUGAGACCGAUGCCGAUCUGACACCUAAACCACCUACUUCGCCGAAGCGAGACUUCUUUAGAUCCUCCCAAACACCACCCACAUCGCCUGCGCGCCCUUGUCCAACCGAAGAAUUCAUAAGAGAGGGCCUAGAUAAAGAUGACGCCUGGGUGAUGGUCGAAGACGAAUUUUACGCAAUCGCACAAAAAUUCACACAGCAUUUACACUACGCUGAAUAUGUUCGCCGAAAGAAAGAAGCAAAGGCUCAAAGCGCAUCUGCGAUCGCAGACCUAGAAAGACCAACGGACGGUCAGACACAUAUAUCGAAAUCGCUUCAGCUCAAGAAGGACGCAGAGUUAUUAGCAGCGCGACAGAAAGAAGGCUUAGCGCAGCUGGAAGCAUCGGGCGAUAUCAACAGGGAGGAACCGGACGAAGAGGAUGAUGCUUGGGCCGGUACACAUCUGCAUGGGUUAAUGACGAGUCCGCGUAAAGUGAGAUCGCUUGUUGGGGUGCAGGGUGUCAAGUCUUCCACGAAAGCUGCUGCGGGGUUUGGGCAGGCGUCUAGUUCUAGUACAGAUCGAAGAGGACUGGUAAGUACUUCUCGAAUGAGGUCGCCUACACUUGCUUCGUCUAGAGCGGCGCAAUCGCAUGUUGUUGAUGUUGGCAUAGAGACAGCGUCGGAGGAGGACGAUGAUCUUGAUGGCGAGGCUCAUACAACGCCGAGACAGUUGAUUACGCGUUUGGACAGCUCGCGACGUGGGAUCCCCGAAGGACCGAAUCAGCACUUGAAGUCACGAAAAAGCGAUACAUCUAAUACAGGUACUUUAAAGCAAAAUUCUACGUCGCAGCCGAGCAAACAACCUGCUGGCGGGUUCAAGUCAAGAGUACAGAUGUUAUUCGAUGACCUUGAUGAGCUACCAGAGUCAUCCAAGCCUAAUUCAUCUAUCUCUGGUAUCAAAAAAGAUACCAGUUCUGGGACACAGACACCUAAUAAAUCCAACAGUGACAACAGUGACAACAAUCUGGAGUCCAAACCUCGCUAUAAAGACGUCCCGACCUUCUUGAAGUGA